GAGAGUUAUACCUUACAGUUUAGUUGAAAAUGAAACAAGAAGGUGUUGUGAAUAGUUUAUAAGCGAUGGAAUUGUGUUUAAAACUGGAAAUAACUAAAUGUGAAGUCAAAACAUCGGUAAGAAGUAGUAGCGGCAUUGGAGAUUGUUGCCGGCUAUGAAGUGGCGUGUUGGAGUGUUGACGUUUUGUGGAGUGUAGCAGUGGAGUGUUAAGAUGGUUGGUACAAUGUUGCCUCGCAGUGUGUUGUUAGGGCGUGUGGGUGUGGCCGUCGUGGUCACACUCACCACCGUGUGCAUGAGUGCAGAGAUCUUGCCCGAAGUGAUGUACAAUGUGGCCGUGCCCCACGACGUUGCCCCCGCGCAUAUUGUGUACAAGAUCAAAUUAAAAGAUGGCCAAAUCGUUGAUAAAUUGAUGGAUAGUGAGUACUCAGAUUACUUUGCCGUGUUGGAUACUGGUGAUGUUAUGACUGUGUCCAAGGUGGUCCCCCUCUUGGGUCGUAUUGUGACCCUCAGGGUGUCCACUAACUACGCCGAUGGUAACAUUCAGGUGUAUGCUAUCAGGGUGGCCAUCAAAGAUCACCAGACGAUGCUACGGUUCCUUAAGCCGGAGUACGACGCCGAAGUUUAUGAGAACCUGCCUGCUGGCACUGAACUCCAGGGCGUGGAUGACUUGGAGGCCAUGGGGGAGGAGGAUAUUAAGUACGAGCUUCUUGGAGGCCACUCCGUCUUCGCUCUUCACCACGUCGGUGGCGUACCAACAGUGGUCACUCGAAAAGCUCUUGAUCGCGAGGCUCAAGACUUGUACAAGCUGGUCUUGCGAGCCUACGACAAGGAAGGUAUGGACAUGGCAGAAGCCAAGAUCAAUGUUCAUAUUCUUGACAUGAACGACCAUGCUCCUGUUUUCACGCAGAAUGUGUUCUACUUCUUCGUCCCCCUCAAUGUCACACGAUUCGAUAAGUUAGGUCGUGUAACGGCUCAUGACGGUGACGGAGACAAGGUGGUGUACCGCCUGGCCUACCCGUCCAACACCUUUACCAUCGUGCCGCAGACAGGAGAGAUAAUGCUGAUAGAAGCUCCGGACACCAUGGUGUACGAACUGGAGCUGGAGGCCUUCGACAAGCGUAAACCCACUCUCUACUCUGAUAACUUGGCCAAAGCUCACAUCGAAUUUCGGUAUCCAAGCGAUUCCCUGUUCACCGGGGAAAGCAACGACAUCGAUUACGACGUGUACCCUGAGCAUGCCAUGUCCAAACGCAGUGCUAAGAAGAGGGUAAAGCGAGGUCAGCUCCGCCACACCAAGGAAUUGGUGUUUUCCGAGGCUGACGGAGCCGUCGAGGGCAAAGUCGUAUUCCAACUGGAAAAGGAAAUUCAGUGGGAAACAUUUAAAAUCCGCGACGAUAACCCAUGGGUUGAAGUGGACACUAACGGUGCCGUGAGAAUCAAGAAAAAAUGGGACUAUGAAGAGUUGGGACCAGAGAAGACGAUCGACUUUUGGGUCACCAUCACCAACAACGACCGUAAUGGUAAAUACUGUUACCACUUGUUAUGUUGAAUGGGAAUAUCAUGU